UAGCAACAUUUUCUCGGCUUUGCGUGAGCUGCCAUAUGUGUUUUUAACAAUGAUGGUCUUUACUUCUGUAUCUGUGCCGCUACCUGUUGCCUGCCACUGGAUGGGCGAUGCGGUUGUAACGGGCAGCCUCAAACCGCAAACAGAAGCAAAGCAGCUUUGCGAGGAUACUUGUGGACUUGGAUUCAUGUGAUCGGAUGAUAGAUAACACUUUUCUAAGAGAGCAGUGACAUACAUUUUUACACAGCGGUACCGUCGGUGGUAAAAGUUGGAUUGAAAGAGCGCAUUAAGUAAAGCAAACUGAUGCGCGUAAGAAGGGAUGCCAGCCAGGCGUGGCUUGUGUCUGAACAUCCAAUGUGAGAAUGCGUGGGGAGUAUGUAUAUAAUAGAGUCUUUCCAUUUGAUAAACACAGAUAUCAAACUCAUGAUUACAGCAAAGGACUAUCAAUAAACUGAGAGGACUCCGCUGAUAUUUGGAGGAGCACGGCGCGCUGGGGACGCAAGUUUUUGCGUGCAUGGACCGGACUUGUGCAAACUUUUUUUUCUGUAACUCAAUUUGUAUACAUCUUAAAUGCCUUCGCUUAACUUGUCAGCCGUGCAUACAAUGGCAGAGGUCGGGAGUUUUCUGGGGUCGCUCGACUUGGAUUUACAAAGCUUUCCUGCACUGGGGAAUAUGCCCUUGCCAGAGUCUCCAGCGGGGCUGAACGAGCAGCUGGGGCAGAUAGAAGGCAGGCUGCAGGGGGGGUCACCGACAGAUUUCGGGCACCUCAAAGGCAUCCUGAGGCGGCGACAACUCUAUUGCAGGACCGGCUUUCAGCUGGAGAUAUUCCCCAACGGCACUGUACACGGGACAAGACAGGACCACAGUCGAUUUGGUAUCCUGGAGUUCAUCAGCCUGGCUGUGGGUCUGGUCAGCAUCAGGGGGGUGGACGCUGGACUUUACCUCGGCAUGAAUGAAAAAGGAGAGCUCUAUGGGUCGAAGAAGCUGACAGCAGAAUGCGUGUUCAGGGAGCAGUUUGAGGAGAACUGGUACAACACCUACGCUUCAACUCUGUACAAACAUUCAGACACAGAACGUUUCUACUACGUGGCUUUAAACAAGGACGGCUCGCCCAGGGAGGGCGGCAGGACUAAAAAACACCAGAAACUCACCCACUUCUUACCCAGGCCAGUGGAGAUUGAAAAGAUCCCUCAGGCUUACAGGGACUUAUUCCAGUACAGGUGACCAUUGCUUACACUUGGGGAACUGGUUACAUUCGGAGGCAGAGAAAUAAACAAAGAGGAGCAUCAGCAGCAGGAGCAGGGGGGGUGUUGUGGACAUUCUGGACCUGGUGCAGAACUGUUUACCCUCAGCUCUCCUUGAGGUCACUGUGUGUGCCGUGUGACAGUGACAAACAUUGUGCUUGUGCCUGGGUGUGUCUUUUUUGACACAGCGGUGGACUUGUGACCACAGCGAAGAGAGGCAGCUCUCUUGUUAAAACCACUGUGGACGAAGGAGGCCCUCAUGACUGCCCAGCUGUGGGUCCAUCAGGAAAAUCUAAUCAGAUGCUAUGUUUUUCUCAUGUAGAUACUGAAACAAAGGAGUACUGGUUCUUUGUGGGGGGUUUUUUAAGCAGCACUCUGAUGAGGGAAACAAUGACCAUAAAGUGCCAGGAAGAGACACAUUUCUGGUGACAUGAAAUGUAAAAGAGAGCACAUUCCUCAUUCGCAGUGAUAGGUCAGGGUCAGAAAUACACAAUCUGUACUGACAGUUACAAGUCAAACUGGAGUGCAAGUUAAAGGGGUGUGGGGCAGGUAACAUCUUUGUGAUGACCGUUGGAUCGAUGAAGCACUUACUGCACAUCCUGAGUCCUAGCUGCAGGCUGGUCUGACCCUAAACACCAUAAUUAUCAUGUUAUAAUAUAUCCAGCAGCAUCUUGUGAGGGUUACAUCUAAAAGAAGCCAAUAAGCUCUGGAUGAAAGCACUUCUCUGACUGUGGUCACAAAGAACAACUGGUAAGUUUUGUUCAAGGAUGGUGACUUGUAAUGUUCAGUGUUGGGAACAUUAUUAAAAAAAAAGCAUCUGAGGUGUACAUAUGGUGUUCCUAUUUAUGAGAUGUACAAUAUAUUUAUUUUCUACAUACAAAGUAUAAAUGUAAAUCUAUAUAUUUAUUUAUUGCAAAGACUCUAUUUUGUAAUGAACUUGAAGUUAUCUGGACUGCAGAUUCUACUGAAAUGAGGCCAAAAAAGCAAACAAAAAAUGAAGAACUGCAACAAA